CCGCGCUUCCGGGUUGGGACGGAAGUGUGGGGAUAAAGCGGCGCCGGCGCGGAGGGGAGCCCCGUGGUGCGGAGCGCGAUGCGGGGCGGGGGGAUGAAGCUCCGGGACACCCCAUCGGCGAGCCCCGCGCUGUGGCGGGCACUGCCCUGCCCGGCGGCCGAGCUACGGCUGGACCUGGUGCUGCCGUCGGGGCAGACGUUCCGAUGGAGGGAGAGCAGCCCCGGGUCCUGGACGGGCGUGCUGGGGGACACCGUGUGGACGCUGCGGCAGGAGCGGGACCGGCUCUGGUACACGGUGUACGGCGGGGAGGCGGGGGCAGACACAGACCGGCUCCUCCGGGAGUUCUUCCAGCUGGAUGUGGGGCUGCGGGAGCUGUACCGCGCCUGGGGGGCCGCGGACCCCCUCUUCCGAGAGGCGGCCAAAGACUUCCCAGGUGAGGUGACCCCACGGGGGGGCACCCACAGCGCCCACCGGGCGCCCCCUUACCCCGUCCGUCCGCCAGGGGUGCGGGUGCUGCGGCAGGACCCCGUCGAGUGCCUCCUCUCCUUCAUCUGCACCUCCAACAACCACAUCUCCCGCAUCACCGCCAUGAUCGAGCGGCUCUGCCAAGCCUUUGGCCGCCACCUCUGCCACCUCGAUGCUCAGCCCUUCCACGCCUUCCCUUCACUCGCAGCACUCGCAGGCGAUGAUGCUGAGGCCCGGCUGCGGGCGCUGGGCUUUGGGUACCGAGCCAAGUUCGUCAGCGGCACCGCUCGUGCCAUCACCGAGGGGCUUGGCGUCGAGGGGCUGCACCAGCUCCGCACCGUGCCCUACGCCGAGGCCAGGAGGGUGCUGUGCACCCUGCCUGGUGUGGGCACCAAGCAGGUCGCUGACUGUGUGUGCCUGAUGGCGCUGGACAAGGCGGAGGCGGUGCCGGUGGAUACCCACGUGUGGCGCAUCGCACGGCAGCGCUAUGGCAUGGAGCUGGGCGGCCGCAGCAUCACCCCACGGGCGCACCAGGAGAUCGGCGACUUCUUCCGGGGGCUGUGGGGUCCCCGCGCCGGCUGGGCGCAGGCGGUCCUCUUCUGCGCUGACCUCCACAAGGGCCGGGAGCCAGCUGUGGGCCAGGAUCGGGACAAGGAGAACUGAAGGCAGGACUGCCGUGGUGAUGGGACCCCUUAGGGACACCCCAGGAGGGACAGAGCCCCCCAUCAGCGGCUAUGAUGAUGGGGGUCACCGCUGCCUGGGGUGCUUGUCCCCUGCCCGCUGUGUGCAUAGUGUGAGCUGCUGCUUCCCUGGGCAGUGAGGCUGAUGGGGGGGCUCAGGGCUGUGUGUGCACCCCACAGGGCAGGGCAGAGCCAAGCAGUGUUGGCCUCUUGUCUUUUAUUACAAGCAUUAAAAUAGAAACAUCCAUUUGGAAAA